AUGGGACAGGGUGCUGAAAACGUGGUCGCGGAGGCUGAUGGUAAGCUGGUAGCUGUCCACUCUCACUGUCGCCAGUGCCGUCACUUACCCAUAUUGUGACGACGUUGCGCCAAUCGAUAUUUCUGUCUUCGCCGAUUGGCUGCAGCCGGACGAAGGUCGGGCGCAUGCAUUUCGUCUGGCACCACCUGCCUGGUGACAAUGUUAGUUGCAACUGCUUGCAGAGCUGCUUGUAUGCUCCCGGCCCACCUGCCUGUCUCCCUUGUCUCCUUGGGAGCCUUAAAGCUGUCGACCGUCGUACUUCGAUAAAUGAUGGCUCAUUCUGAACUCCAGACUUCACCCUCCUAUUCUGUAUAAUAGUCAGAUGUUAACUAUGAAUGUGUUUCAACAAGGAAUGCACCAUAUCUUCGUACCCGCUUCUGGCUUCCUUUCGGCCACCCAACUCUCCCUGACGGCCGAACAACUGAUGGGGCUGCAUGCGUUCGUCAUGCCCUCUAGUUACCCACUUUUACAUCUAUCAGAUUCUACUGUUCUCAACACGUAAGGUCACAGACGGCAAACCUCCGCAAUAUUUAGCUUCCUUUAGGAAACUGUUGGGAGUGCCUACACUCCCAAAAACAAGAGCCAGCCAAUCACGGAUGCCACGUGCGUUUUCUCUACUGCGCUGUCAUCUUAAUCGUGGCGCCUCUCCAUUGGCUUUUCCUCGCGGGUCUGAUCGAUCACCAUAUUCGAAUUAUCGACCGGCUCGUCUGGAAUGUUCUUCCCGAAGGGUAUUGAGCCGAAUGACGGCGAAGCACCGUAAGGCGUUAUAAAUACGCGUUACUUCCAGUUCAUUUUGACUUGCAUUUUCCUAAUACACAGUUUCGUGGCCGGUCGCGUUCUCCUUCUCUGCCGCGUUGGUAUUGGGGACAAGGGUCGAGUGCGCAUACGCUCCACAGGAUUUCACGUACAAGGCGGGUCAUAACAGAAACAGACAGCCUUACUUUCAUCCUGGGACGCAUCGAGAACAUCCACCCGGAAAAUUCAACACGCUUCUUCUUCCGACUCAACGCGGUUACCACUUGCUGCAAUCAUACCAUAUUUGUUGACAAAAGCGGUCUCUGCAACGCUUCAUGCUCCUUCAUCUCGAAGCAGAGCUCACAGAGGAAGCAGGUCUGCCCGAAAAUCAGGACAACUAAUCUUCCUGACUCCGUGGGCUCUAUUCGCGCUUUCAAGGUCUUCGACAGUCUGACUCUCAGACGCUUCCUCGUGAACAUCGGAGACAAGGUCAGCCUGGUUCCUCCCACACCAACCGACCGCCGCAGCCCCAGCCCUGGUCUUCAACUCGAAGCCGCCAGCUAUUCCCCCAUUUCCACGUUUGGCAACCAGUUCCUCCCCCUCGGCCUUCUUCGGCUAUCCUCAUGCAUAUUCCUAAUUGUCAAUGUUCCUCAUGCGAUGCUCGACCCUGACUUUCUAGUUCUGUUUGCCCUACUAGUGAACUACCGACGUCACCGAUUGCUCGAACACAUGACUGGUCUCUGUGAUCGUGGGUUGGCUCCCUUCACAACCACCUGCAACUUAUCUGUCCUGAAUACAAACGCAGCUUACCCAUAUCGAGAGCUCCUCCCCUAACAUUCGAAUAGCAGCAACCAGCAGUUCCGCAGUUCCGAGGUCCAACGCUAUGCCGUGCACCACAUCCGAGCCUCAUGCCCUCCUGUGUUCGCUCGGUCUAGAUGACUGACACCGGUCCGUGUCUAGACUGCAAAAGCGAAUUUUGAACACAUGCUUCAACUGGGCAUCAUUUCACCGUCUGAGAUCCCCAGGACGUCCUCGCAGCAUACAGCGCCCAAGGGAACAUCAGGCGACUGGCGAGGCUGUAGCGACUGUCGUGCUCUCAACAACGUCACCAUUUCUGGUCAUUACCCAGAAUUUCGCCGGAGCCCUUAUCGGCAAAGCGGUUUUCCUGAAGAUCGACCAGAUGCGUGCCUUGCCCCGGAUACCUGUCGUCCGAAGGGUAUCUCCAAGACUGCUGUCAUCACUCCAUUUUGCCUCUUCGAAUUCAUCUAGACGCUCUUCAGCCUUCACAAUGUCGCCCGGACGUUCCAGAGGUUCGCCGACCACCCUUAGCGUUUGUGUACGCCUACAUGGAUGACCUCUUGGUGACCAUUGGGAAUGCUGAAAAACACAAAGAACACCUCGCUUUGGAGUUUGGCCAUCCCGACAAGUGCGAUGUCAUCAUCGACCCAUCCAGGGGCGGUUUUGUUGUACCAUCUCUUUGCUUCCUUGGCCAUCAUGUUGACUCUGAAUGUUUGCGUCCUCUAUCCUCCAAGGUUGAGGCGAUUCGUGAUUGCUCCCACUAG